GUGGGGGAGGGGUCCUGAUCAUCGCUGCCCCCUUGGUAACCAUCCCCUGCCCUUCUGUCCCGCCCUCAUAGGGACCACAGUGAUGCGGAUGACAGCCUUUGAUGCGGAUGACCCCGCUACCGACAAUGCCCUCCUGCGAUACAACAUCCGUCAGCAGACGCCUGACAAGCCAUCUCCCAACAUGUUCUACAUCGAUCCUGAGAAAGGCGACAUUGUCACCGUCGUGUCACCUGCGCUGCUGGACCGGGAGACUCUGGAAAACCCCAAGUAUGAAUUGAUCAUCGAGGCUCAAGAUAUGGCUGGACAGGAUGUUGGAUUAACAGGCACAGCCACAGCCACAAUCAUGAUCGAUGACAAAAAUGAUCACUCGCCAAAAUUCACCAAGAAAGAGUUUCAAGCCACAGUCGAGGAAGGAGCUGUGGGAGUUAUUGUCAAUCUGACAGUUGAAGACAAAGACGAUCCCAGCACAGGCGCGUGGAGGGCUGCCUACACCAUCAUCAAUGGAAACCCGGGGCAGAGCUUCGAGAUCCACACCAACCCCCAAACCAACGAGGGGAUGCUUUCCGUUGUUAAACCUCUGGACUAUGAGAUUUCCGCCUUUCACACCCUGCUGAUCAAAGUGGAAAAUGAAGACCCGCUGGUACCCGACGUCGCCUAUGGCCCCAGCUCCACAGCAACCGUCCACAUCACCGUCCUGGAUGUCAACGAGGGUCCAGUCUUCUACCCAGACCCCAUGAUGGUGACCAGGCAGGAGAACAUCUCCGUGGGCAGCGUGCUGCUGACGGUCAAUGCCACCGACCCCGAUUCCCUACAGCAUCAAACCAUCAGGUAUUCUGUUUACAAGGACCCAGCAGGCUGGCUGAAUAUUAACCCCAUCAAUGGGACUGUUGACACCACAGCUGUGCUGGACCGUGAGUCCCCCUUCGUCCACAAUAGCGUGUACACUGCCCUCUUCCUGGCAAUUGACAGUGGCAACCCUCCUGCGACUGGCACUGGAACUUUGCUGAUAACUCUGGAAGACGUGAACGACAAUGCUCCCUUCAUUUACCCCACAGUAGCUAAAGUCUGUGACGAUGCCAAAAACCUCAGUGUAGUCAUUUUGGGAGCGACAGAUAAGGAUCUUCACCCGAAUACAGAUCCUUUCAAAUUUGAAAUCCAUAAACAAACUGUUCCUGAUAAAGUUUGGAAGAUCUCCAAGAUCAACAAUACACACGCCCUGGUAAGCCUUCUUCAAAAUCUGAACAAAGCAAACUACAACCUGCCCAUCGUGGUGACAGAUUCAGGGAAACCACCCAUGACGAACGUCACAGAUCUCAGGGUACAAGUGUGCUCCUGCAAGAAUUUCAAAGUGGACUGCAAUGCCGCAGGGGCCCUGCACGCCAGUCUGGCCUCCCUCUUGCUCAUGUCUGUCUUCAGUUUAGCUGGUCUGUGAGAAGUCCUGACAUCUGAAGCUUGACUCCCAAGUUUCCAUAGCAACAGGAAAAAGAAAAAAAAAUCUAUUCCAAAUCUGAAGAUUGCAGUUUACAGAUCUUGAACUUCACAACUAGGCCUCAAUUGUUCCAGAGUUUCAUUUUCUUUGCAAUUUCACUUAGUCUGUACUUCAUUUUGACAGCAUCUUCCUUCCUCCUUUAAUUAAGGGAAUCCUCUGAAUUUCCCCUGAAUGUUUAAAGAUCAUGACAUAACUUGACCUUCUGGGAGUAGGAACAGUGACUACUCUUUCUGAUGUGUUGACAUGUUGCUAGCCAGUGUUCCACACAUCCAGCUUUGUCUGUGGGUUGGUAUUUGUAUAUGUAUGAGUAUCUGUAUGUGUAUAUACACGGUAUUUGUAUAGAGAGACGAUACAGGAGAAGCCUAGUUUUGAUAUAUCAUUCUUCCUCAAAAGCCGAAGCAAAGAGUAGGUAGAAGCUAAGAAGGCUGAACCCUCCAGAGCCGCAGCACCAAGCUAAGAACGAGUACAGCCCACAGAGCUGACUCCUGCUCUGGAGUCUCUUGCCCACCACCCCAUUCAGUCUGAACGCUGCCACAACCAGCCAGGCAGGUCCAGAGAGGGAGAGCAGAGAAAGAAGACCUUUCUCUUUAGUUAGAGGACUACAACCAAUUUCCACUACCAUCAUAUGCCGUGAUUCCGAGCCAAGGUGGUGAGGAGCAGAGCAGAAAAUUUACCAUCAAAUGCCGAGAAAAGGGCUGAAAUAUUCCUUCCUGGGCAUCUACCUGCAUUUGUGUGUGUCCUGAAUCCACACUGGUUUCUCUGGGGACAUGGAUCACGGUAGAGAGUCUCUUCCUCCUCGGCACAUGUACAAAUGCAAAUGUCAUCACGGAGGUCAUACAUGUAUAUGAAGAGGUCGGCAGGUACCAUCUUGUAUACACAUAUAUACCCACAUGUAUAGACAUACAUUUAUGCACAUACACACCGUUUGUUUCAUAUAUACAUGCAUAGAGUAAAUACAGGUAGUUUUAAAAGUACCCUUUUGUGUGAAUUGACUACCGUUGUUUGCAAACCUGAAAAUAAAAGAUGUUCAUUAUGUAUGAAAAGUAAUUGAUUUUUAUUCUGUGAGCAUGUAAAAGUAAGAGGAAAGUUAGUGCUUGUACUACGAUUAUCUUCUGUCGAUAAGCUGUAAAUGAACCAUCAAAGCUCACACCAAAUUUUUCUAUCAGAUAAAACUAGUGACAGCCUGUGGCUUUAUAUUAGAGCUCGCCACGAUCUAGGGUAAGGUAAGUGUCUUAGCAUAUUUUAAUGCAGUUGCUUACUAAAGAUUUUAACCACACACACACAUGCACACACACGCAUACAUGCACACACAUGCUUUCUUAUGCAAUCUAUGUUUGCACCUGUGCUUUUCAGUUAGCCUUCUGUAGGAAAUAGAAGUCAUAUGUUGUCUUUGUUGUAGUGAAAUUAUGCAAAUAGAGUUCCAUAUAUUGUAUUUGUUUCAAUAGCAAAUCUUUUUGGAGUAUAUAGAAUGCAGAGGUUUUUUUUCAUUAAAAUAAAUGGGUAUUGGUGAUUAAAACUGCUGGACAGUA